AUGGCGGACCCAAACGAGAAGCAAAAGUGCACCUAUCAUCGAAACUCGUCGAAAAGUGCACCAGCGCUACCUCGCGACCAGAAACCAAAGACCGCCGAGAGAGAGGGCAGGAUCAAUACAUGGCUACAAGAUGACAGCCUUUCACGGAUAACCUACAUCAGCAUCGGCGGUGUAAAAGAUGGAAAGCCGGAGAAAGGCUCGCCGGCUCGACUCUGAGUCUAUGGAAUCCCCGUGUAAUGGCUAGGUACCUAUAUUGGUUGUAUUGAUAAACGUUGUGGACAUUAUGUAUUCUUGGGAAAAUGUUAUAAUGAGCGAUAGAUUCGGCGGGGGAAAAACUGGAGAAAUGGAGAAAAUGGGAAACGGGCUAGAUUUACA